UCUCGAGGUAACAGGAGAAUUCUUGACAACUCAGUGUUUCGAAACACUUGCUUAACAAAAUGCAACACGACGCUAAUAUUAACUCUUUGUCUCCGUUAGCUUACAGGCCAGACGGGCAGCCAGUGUCUCCUAGUUCAAGUCGACGUACCUCGCUGGCAUCCAACAGGGACCACCCCCUAGAGCCUGGAGCCCGACAAUGUCUACCCGAGGCGGAUGAUGCUGCGAUAGAGGACCUGGCAUCUACGAUAACCGGUCCACGUAUUUCGACUGAUGGCACAACGAAGUACGAUCGGGUUGCGGAAGACGACACUGAUGGCGCCAUACCGAGUGUUGACUUGCCCAGCAACAGGUUGGGCUUUUUUACUAUCGCAACAGAUUGCGCCGCUAUUGUUCUUCCCUUGGGUCUCAUUGUCUUCAUCACCAUUGUGUGGCGCCUUGACGGCUCUGAAAGUACCGAAAGUUCCCGCGGGGCCUGGCGAAACGCAAUCACGAUACUCGCGACUGUUUUCCCGAUCCUCUUUGCGUCAGUUGUAGGUCGUCUUACAUAUGAAGCGGCACGCUGGAAGCUAGAAACCGGCACAACCCUAGGCUCUCUCGAACAAUUCCUAGGCAGCCGUACGGUAGGCGCCACCCUACUCAAUCUGAUCCAACUUCGAUUAUUCAAUAUCGUGGGCGCUGCUUUGGUAUUGAUAUGGGCACUCUCACCUUUGGGGACCCAGUCUAUUUUGAGAAUGAUGUCCUCAGAGAUCGCCCCCGACAACAGAAAUACGACGAUAACCUACUUCGACACAAAUGCUGAGAGUCAAGCCAUACAAUGGGCGACCUGGGUGGGAUUCUCAUACUCAACCUCCAUGGCAAGCUUUCGGCCCAUGUCGACAUUGUAUAACACCCUUAUUUCAAUGCCUGAAGGACUUAAAGCGGAUGCUCUGGAUGUGUGGGGCAACGUCAAAAUACCUUUCCUAAAGCGCUUUGACACAAACGACUGGAUGGACUUGGAUCGAGACCUCAACGUGAAUGAGUAUUCGUCCCUGGCCGGGGUUCCUCUCAACAGCAUCGGAGUGGGACACACCGUGUUUUCACUGGAGUCCAGCUACAUCAGCCUAGACUGCUCGGCUGUUGAGACCCUCAAGAUGAAUCUAGGAGACGACGACCUACUGAAAGAAGAGGUAUUUCACGACGACUUAUCAGCCGCUUCUCUGGCUGUCGACACCAAGUACACAAGAAACGCAAACUUGUCGAAUGGUACAUGGCAUGGAUACGACUACACAAGAAACGUCUCCGGGCUGGAUUCGACUUGGAUCCUGGCGCUCGACAGAUUCGUAGAUCGAAUAUGGUCGAUGAAACCUGCUGAUUACCCAACAAACCCAGUCGUUGGCCCUCUGCAUGGUCGCGUUGAGGAAAUGCACCGGCCCCUCUUGUUCAAAGAUGAGCAGCAUAUUGACGCCGGGUCGACGACUCUCCUAUUCCAAAGCAUAUUCCCUCCCCAAGAAAAACACCCAGGAUGUUCGGCAAAGAGUCUCUGCAGGGUAUCUCAGGAGUACGUCGAGUCCCGCGUCAACUGUUCUCGCACUACUCGCACCGACAAACAUAAAUGCACAGUCGUAGCCCAGCGGAAGUCGCAGAAGCAAAAUGCGUCUGGGGAUAUAUCUCAACUAUCAUUCCCCGCCGUCUUUGACUUUGUUUCCCGAGAACUUCCGCUCUCCAUCGGAGGCUCUACUGCAUACAAGUCCGAGUUCUCGCUUUACCAUCUCGCUGACCCAGGGCUGAAACAACUGAGGUACGACGAAUACUGCAUCAUAGAAAAUGUCACAGCCAAGGAUAUGGGUAUUCGACUUAGCCAGCUCCUUAAUACCUACCUCCUUAUCAGCCAGCUUUCGUUCGAGAUCGCGAAGUGGGAUGCGGAUAAACCAACGUUUGGAGCCAAGGUCUCCAUCGAUGCAGAAACAAGCACCCCUGUUCUCAAAUUUCAGAUUUUCCCAUUAUGGUUGACGCUUUUCUUGGUUGCGAGCGUCGGGCUUCUUGCAGCUGGUUUUUCCAGCGUUAUUCUUAAACACAGGACGUACGGGCCGGAAAUCCUUGGUUACGCUUCUACUGUCCUACGAGAUUCGAGGUUCUUUGAUGUGCCAAGAGACUAUAGAGGACUGGAUGGGAUCAAUUUGUCACGAAAGAUGAAAUCUGAGCGGCUCCAAUUUGGCUUGAUACAAGAUCUGAAAGAGGGACAACCGCGAAUGGGAGUUGGUCAUCAAGAGAGUACGGAUAGAUUAAGAACACAAUAGAGUCGUGACUGAAUCUGUCAGGAGGUUUUAACCACUCCAAGUCUUAGAUGUAAGGAACCAAGCUAAGUCAACUUCACAUCGUCGAGACCCUUGGUCCAUGAAUCAUCUAUGGAGGCAAGACGACAACAAGGCAAUACAGAUUUCUACAUGCACGAUAGUUUGGUAGAGGGAUUGAUGGG